GGCCUCACCGCAGUCGACAAUCCGUUGAUUUGUGUAGACUUGGAUGAUGUACUCAGCCAGACUAAUCGUGUAGUCGCUGAAUGGCAUAAUGAUACUUACGGGACUCAAAUCACGCUGAAGGACUUCCUCUAUUACUUUUAUUGGAGAAAUCCAUACUGGGGCACUCCGGACGAGACCUUCAAAAAGGUCGAUGAAUUCUACUCGACUCCGCGGCUCUAUGAAGCCCUUCCGGUUGAAGGCGCCCUUGAGGGCGUCAAAGCGUUGAAGGAUCUGGGGUACCGCCUGGUGUUGGUGACCGCUAGGCAAGUGCGCGAGCUGCCGAGGACGAAGGAAUGGAUUGAGAAGUACUUCAAUGGCAUAUUCGAGGACAUCAUUUGCACUGGGAUGUCUCAGGAAACACUCGCAGACGAGACGAUGUUGAUCACGAAAUUGUCGAAGGCCGAUGUAUGCAAGAAGCUGGGUGCCAAAAUGAUGAUUGACGACUCCGUCGAGAACGCACUCAAGUGCAUCCAAGCAGACCCACCAGUGCCCGUACUCCUCUUUGGUGACUACCAGUGGAACAAGCGCAGUGGCAACUACGAACACAUCAAGGACGAAGUGAGCUUCGAUGAACGGACGAAGCGGGAAGGUGGGAGAGAAUGGUGGCAUGAUGAUGAUGUGACAAUACCAGACGGUGCGCCGCUGAGUAGGGUGAACAACUGGGAGGAAGUUGUACGAUGGGUAGGGAAGAACUUGAAGCCAUAGGAACUCGGGAUUCCACGCUCGACGCUUCCUGAAUUCUUGACUGUACGAAGUUGACGGUGUAUACAUUGUCUGUAUUUCUUUGAAUACUCCGUGCUGUGACUGCAGAACCGAUUUCCUGCAGUCAUUGGUCAGUGCAAUAUCGCUGUCAACGUGCACAACAUUUG